UUUUUUUUUUUUUUUGUUCGUUUCUUGUCGCAUCAGGAAUGGGGCGCUCUGGAAGAGACACAGCCGUCAUCGUCCUGCCACUGCUCGUUCUCGUGGGUUUGCUGUCGCCAAAAAGCGCCGUCGCCAUUGACGCUUGUUCUGUGUGCAACUGCACAACCACAAGCAUUGACUGCAAGUCUCGUGGUCUGACGAGCAUCCCGACGGGCAUCCCGACCAACGCGGUCGCCAUCGAUCUCUCGUCAAAUGACAUUGCUGACAUUAAUCCUGGCGAUUUCCCCAGUCUUCCUGCUCUCAAGACAAUGACGCUCCUUGGAAACGAUCUGACACGACUGCAAGCUGGAGUGUUUAGCUCGCUAACUGCCCUGACAAGUCUCAAUUUGUACAGCAACCCUGUGACGGCGUUGGAUGUCAACUCGUUUGCCGGUUUGGGAAGCCUAAAGAUGCUAGUUCUCGAUGCCCUAAGCACGAUUCCCGUUGGGACAUUCACUCCUGUGGCACAGCUCACGUCCUUGCAGCUUGGUUUUUCCAGCCUGAGUCCGUUUUCCACACCAUUCUUUUCCGGCCUUACGUCGCUGACCUCCUUGUUGGUCAAUGCCCUCCCCACCACAGUUCCUUCGAAUCUGCUUCAAGAUCUACCGACGCUUCAGUCAUUUUCCCUCGCUAGUUCAGAUGUGGUGGCUGUUCCAGGCGAUUUGUUCCAAGGCUUGAGCAAGCUUUCACUCGUCAACUUCCGAACGUCGAUAACAACCUUUCCGCAGAGUCUGUUUGUCGGGCUGCCGAUGAUCUCCAACAUAGACUUGCAAACCAACCAACUGUCUUCCAUUCCUGCGAAUGCAUUUCAAGGUCUUACUACCCUUACAUUGCUAGACCUCAAGUACAACCAAUUGACCACGCUUCCCCCUGGCCUAUUUAAAGGGACAGGCAUUUUCUCAGCUGCUCUGACUGGGAAUCCUUGGUCGGGCACCCCUCCAAGUACCUAUAACUUUGUAGGAACGAUCAUGCAAUGCCAUACUGCUUGUGCCACCUGCUUCAAUGCCGGACCUUCGAGUUGCUGCAACCAGAAUUGCUUGAGCUGCAGCAGUGCCGACCGUUGCUUGACUUGUUAUGAUGGCUAUGUGGCGUCAGGAAGCAUUUGCGUUGGAAGCGGACCGACAAAUGCAACCGUUGCUUCCGCUGCCUCGGCUGCAUCCGCAACAUCUGCUUCUGUCAGCGUGCUCUCGGUGUUUUCUGCAGCCUCCCAAUCUGCGGCAAGCGUUACCUCGGCAGCGUCCGUGUCUGCAGCCUCGGCUGAUGCCGUGUCUGCCGCGAGCGUGACCUCAGCAGCAUCCGAGUUCGCUGCUAGUACUGUGUCUGUUGCCUCAGCCAGCGAAGCAUCUGUCGCGAGCGUGACCUCGGCGGCGUCCGUGUCCGUUGAGAGUCUCAUGUCUGUUGAAUCAGCCAGUGAAGCAUCUGCAGCGAGCGUGACCUCGGCAGCGUCCAUGUCUGUCGCCAGGUUUGCGUCUGCUACAUCGGCUGCCUCCGUGGCUGCUGCCAGUUCAGCAUCGGUCGCAUCCGCCGCAUCAACUGCUUCUGCUUCGGCUGCAUCGGCCGCCAGCGCCAAUCCUGGCUCCUCCAGCUCAUCCGACAGUACUCUCGGCAUUGCAGUCGGUGUCGCGGUUGGAGCGGCGUUCCUUGUUGCGCUUCUGAUUGCAAUCAUCGUUUUGCGUCGUCGCUCCAGACGCUCGAGCGACCAGAGUAGCGUGGUCUCAGCCAAGCACCAGCAACCCAAGCAUUCGACUGCGACGGGUACGACUGCCACCUACGAGAGCAUUGCAUCUGUCGUCAAUCCGACGUACGACGAUGUGACACCUCAAGCACGCAUUUACAGUGAUGUUGCGCCCGCGAACGACGUCGUUUAUGCCGAAGCAUCCACCGCAGCGUCGUCUUCCACCGCGCCUGCCCGGUCUCCGACGGCUUACGCCACCAUUGCCGUAGCGCCUUCGGAGUGAAGCACGAGUUUCCGGUCUGGUGCUCCAUGCGUCUGUGCUGUGUUGGUCCUCGAUUCACACGUUCUUGCUGAUCAAGCUAUUGAGUGAAAGCUGAGUUUUGUUUUGUUCGCAACAAUACAUGCACCAGUUGUUUGUUUCGUUCAG